UAUAAUUUCGAAUAUCGAUUAUCAUUGCCAAUUGAUCGACAACGUUCAUCAACUGAUCAGCGAUCUGGUUUGGGUUCUUUAGUUGAAAUUUCUUUCGAUAAUGAAGUUGCAACAUCAUUCUUAAAUUAUGCUUCAUCACAUCACGUAACUCCAUUUCAAUUAGGAUUAGCUACUUUUUAUACAUUUUUAUUCAAAUUAACUCAUCAUCAAAAAGAUUUGUGUAUUUCAUCACUUAAUGCAAAUCGAUAUAGAAAUGAAUUACAAAAUGUACUUGGAAUGUUUGUUUCAACAUUACCAUAUCGUAUUGAGUUGAAUUCUUAUUGGACAUUUGAUGAACUUGUAAAAUUUGUACAUGGAAAAUGUCUAUCAAUUCUUUCACAUUCUCAUUAUCCAUUACAACAUAUUCUUGCUGAUUUCCACCUGAAUCAAUCGAAUAUUGCUUUUCUUGAAACAGUAUUUUAUUUUGUUUCUAUGUCAUUUGAUAUGAGUCAGUUAUCUGUCCAUGGUACAAGUUUGGAAGAAGUGUCAUUAGAUCAAUCAACUGAAGUAGCGAAAUUUGAUUUCAUGUCGACAUUUAUUUACAAUCCACUAAGAGAUAAUAAAAAAUUAUCAUGUUUUUUUGUGUGUUCGAAUGAUCUCUAUGAAGAAAAAACGCUUGAAAAUAUUGCUCGACGAUUUCAAUAUUUUGUCUCACAAUUAUUCACAAUGAAUCCAAGCGUUAAAGAACUUAAUCUAUGGAAUAUACCUAUUAAUAAUCUCCAAAUCAUUUUACCGGAAGAAGCUAAUGAACUUCAUAAAAUACUUUUUAAGAAAGUGUCGAAUAGUAUUAAUGAAGAUGAUAUCUGUGAUGUAAUAUUCCAAGUCGUGGUAAAAGGUUUUCUAAUGACAAGAAAUCCUAUUAAUUGA